AUGUACUCCUACAAUACUUCCCCGAAUCCAAACCAGCCACCUCAUGUCCUACCAUACAAUGCAUACCCUCAAAAUAGACAACCACAUCCUCUCAAUCAGAGCUUUCGUUUUCCUCCUUCCGCCAUCGCACCCGAACGAUCUAGCUCACACUCCCAAAGCUAUAGAGAAGAUCCAGGUCACUCUGAAAGACCUAUGCAGCUCAACCCUCCAUCGUCAAGUUUCGCUUUUCGCCCAAUGGAAACCACUUCUCCCGCCAAUGAUGGUAUGAAAAGACUUAGGGGAUAUUAUGAUGAUCCGUCUGCUCAAGGAGUAGAUUACAGAGUGGAUGAGAACAUAUAUGAGAGAAGAAUCUCACCGAGCAAAAAAGCUUUAGCUAGAACAUUUGAGUAUCAAUUCUAUUCUGAUUACGAUCAACAAGCACAAAAAAAGAUGCCAGGACAUUAUUCAAUACAAUCAAUGAGUCAUGACUCCAUUCAGCAGAUGAUACCACUUCACCCUACAUCGUUACACAUUCACCAUCAUAGUCAACACCAUCAGUCUGAUCGAGCAAUGUUAGGAAUGUCAAGAUCAGGCACUCUUUCACCUCACUUCGAAACGGAACAGGACCACCCUUAUACCUAUACUCCACCUCCUUUCAAUAAAGCGUGGAAUAACGAUCAAUCUCCUCCAGCUUCCUUAUCGCCUCUAAACUAUCCCCAUCAAGGUAUAAUCUCGCCGACUUUAUCGGUCCUCUCAGCUCCUUACAAUACCUGUUCUCCUGUCGAGCAACGAAGAGUGGUUUCCCUCUCACCACAUCAUGGGAGUGGGGAGUUGAGUCCUUUCUCGGAAAAAAGAUAUAGAGGAAUUAGAGCAAGAGAAGGUGGACCUCCAAAAGCCGUAUUAGGUGGUCCAGGGGGUAAGACAUUUGAUGAGAUGUUAUCUGAGAGACCUCAAUCUUCGCCUUCUAGGAACGAAUAUAAGGCGCAGGGAGGGGAAAUUUUGAUACCAUCCAGAAAGACAAGUGGAAUCAGUCAAACUUCAGAACCAAGAUGGAAAGGGAAUCAAGCAAGAUUCAAGCCACCACCUACAAGCUAUUCGCCACCUGAUUCGCCACCAUCAUCCUCUUUGAUAGAACCCUCGGAGGGCGAACAGUCUGCUGAAGAUAGGAGACCUAGGAAAGAAGCUUUCCCUUGGCCUGAACGCGAGAUCCUUACGUCGCCUUCCGGGGUUCCGCUACCUCUCUCGCCGAACGACGUAGGAUGUGCGCCUGUACGAGAGCCUAGUACGAUUCUCAUUAGAGGAAGCGGAGAAGCUACUCAAGGAGUGUGGAGAGGAAAAGAAGUUUUGGUCUCAAUACCUGAUCAGGACUGCUGGAAAAGGAUCCGCCCUCCAACACCGUGCGAUCAAGGCGUGGCUGAUACAGAAGAUGAGAUCUCGGCUCUUCUACAACCUACUUCACCUGUUUCGAAUGCACCUGAUGGACCUGAAGAAGAAGGCGACGGAUCAAUCAAUGUAAUCGAAGAUUCAACUCAACUCAUCAACAACGAAGAUAAGUCUCAGGAGAAGGAGGAAGAUAUACCAUGGGAUGAACUCCCAGUCUCUCCCAUCAAUAAGGAUUUGAAGAAUCGUGACACUGAAGAGUCACCAAAAUCCUUACCUGUACGCAUUGAAUCCAAGAUGAGAGCCUGGAGCGACAAUAUAGCCAGCUGGGAAGAUGAAAGAGAGUCGACUUCUAGUCCUGCUCGCUUACAGACUCAAGUUGAAACGGAUCUCGACUUGUCUGUAACGUGUUUCGAGGAUACUGUUGUAGAGGACGGACACAACACGGUGCAAGAUGGCUCUCAAAAUUCAACUGUGCCAUCAUUCUCACUCGAGACUCGAUCAAGAUCGAAAUCCAAGAUGAGAGGAUGGGGUGAUGACGAUGAAGAUGAAGCAAGUAGGUCAGAAGAUGAAGAAGCUGUUUCAAGUCCGGCGAGAUUGGAAUGUGCAUCAAACGAUAAUUCCUUCAAAGUUGCUCAUGAAGUCCAUGAUGAUACUUGUUCUAAGAGUCGAUCCGCCCCUUCUCGACUGGUACCACUUCACAUGGAUCCAAGCGCUCAGAGCUUGAUUUCAUCUCCCGGACCAUCCAAGCUGCAUGCUUGGGCUGAAGAGGUUCCUGUCGAAUCACAGACCUCGGAACAAAAGGACGGAAACAAUAAUGUAUGGAAGUCAGAUGAGUUUCGGGACGACAUGAACAAGAGGCCUGCUGAGCUUCAAGAGGUUGGAGAAAGGCUUGUUAGAUCGAUAAAAGCUAGACGACCUGCUCACGACGAUGUGUCAGAUCGCGCUCAAACAGCGACCAUUCACUCACAGGCUGAUAAGAAGACGGGCUUAAGCAGCAAUUUGCUCAACUCGAGACAAUGGGCUAUCAAGCAAAUAGGCAAGGUAUUGGCGGAAGCAUCGACGGAUCAACACGACGAGACCCAGGAGGACUUGAUGGGUGAUUACUUACCUCUUCCAACAAUAGUAAAGAAACCUCGACUAGAUGUAGAGCAGAUUCAUCCCACAACGGAACCUUUCGAUAAAAGACAGGGACUAGAAGGUUAUAUUGCUUACAUGACGAAACUUGUUCCUGAACCUGCAAUACGAUAUCGAAAGGGAAAGGGACCUUCCGAUCUUCAAAAGCCUUUAUUGGGGUUCAAAGUACCAGAGAUUAACCCAACUGCGGAACCCUUCGUUCCGAAAUCGAUUUUGAUUCAACCUGCUGCAGCUUCUCAACAGUCAUUGUAUCCGGAUGCCGCGCCAUUCUUUCCAUCAUCUGCAAGUUCCAACUUCUUCAACAGUGAAUUCCUUACUUCGGCAAUUGCACACGGACCCAGUGAUCUGCCACACAGUCUUCCCCCAGUGACUGAACCGGAUGCUUCACAUCAUGAGCAAAUAUCAUCCAGCGAAAUAGCUAAGAAACUCCGUCCGACAGCUUCCGCUUUCGUUCCGCCUCAAUCCUUCGCUGCGAGUUCAGGUGCCUUUACCUUUGACUUCCCUGCUCGCAACAAUUCGAACCAUGAAGCGGCAUCUAUCACAUCAAGGAAUAAUGAAGCUACACCUCGACUCACAGAAAACGCUUUAGUCUUCUCUCAAAACUCUGUUACAGCACCUACCAGCACACUUUUCAAACCUACAGCUCCUCUUUUGGUUCCGAUCACUAACAGUAUCUCCUCUACUACGUCGCAUUCUGAGGCACCGAUCACUACAAGUCGGCGGUUUGGUACAACCGGUCCCUCAAACUCAAAUGAGCCCAUCCUUCCCUCUCCUUUUAGGCUUGACGACUUUGGACGAGCUCCUGCGGCACUAGCCCCGACAGUAUCAUCGCCAGAAAGAGGAAGAGCUGAUAUCGUUGCUUUUGAACCAUCGACGCCGAUUGGUGUACAGAGCGAUCGUUCGCACCAUGAUGAAGACCUCAGUGAUGUCCUCCGCGGUGCAGAAGUCGUGCCUCACGAGGUCUCGGGCGUAAGGGAAGCUUCUCCUCGACCCAACGAAGGAUCGAUACUUUCGGGGUCGUUCGACGAAAGUACAGAUCCUUCCAGAUCAUCGUUUUCCAGAAGACCUUCUCGAGAGAUUCGUCUUUCCUCAAAUCAUAGCGAAGAGAACUCGUACCAUCCAUUGGAUACUCCAUCUGUUGAUGAUGUCGAAUCUGUUAUCCCUCUAGAACAGCUCAUAAUUAACUCUUCCCUUCCUGUUCAGCCACCACUCCAUUCCCAGUCAGAAGUCAAUGCGGCACCUGAUGCCCCUGCUUCGACAAGGAUACAUGGUCCACCAAACGUGGGAAACUCUGGACUAGAUCCCCUUUCACCGAAAGUCAAGCACAAUGCGCAAGCAGCACAAGGGUCUACCAAGUCUUUUCCACUGAUCCCACUACAGACACCUCCGACUUCUGCAACGUUCAGCUCUCAUUCCAGAUUGGAUGAUGCGCAAGCCCCGGAAGGAACAAUUACUACAGGGGCAUAUAUGACGGCUGAGGGGUCGCCUGUGAUCCCAACUUCCCGAGACAUCAUUCGAAUGGAUGAACAUGUUGAAACUAUGAAGGUGAUGGAAGGCUUUGUAGAUUGCCAAGAUGAGGUGGGCUACAGGAGAGAAGAUCACAGAACAGGUAGAUCUACUGCACCUAGUCCAGAAUUACCUUCUCCUACAUCAUGCGAAGCUACAUCAAUGCAGAAUGUGAAAACUGCGGGAGUCAUCGUCGAUGCUAUUCAAGCUUCAAUCAGAUCAGAUGAUAUCGAACAAAUAACAUCGACACUGGAGGAGCAGUCGAACAUCCUCCAUACAUUACACAAACACAAAACAUCGCCCCUUACACGUACAGAAUUCCCUGAACUACUGGAGGUCCUGACUCAAUACAAAGAUCUUUUCACAGCUAUAAUUACAGGGCAACAUACGAUCAUGGGCAAAUUCGAUGAAGUCGCAUCUACACAGGUGUCAGAAACCACCAUCAUUUCACAAGCUAUAGAGUCUCUUCGGUCUGCAACUGAGCGUUACUCAACAUAUCAAGAUGAACAGAACAGUCAAAUAGCACCGUUGCGAAAAGAAAUCGACGAUUACAAAAGUAGAUUAUCGGAAUCUCGAACUGGAAAUGACUUACUAAAACGUAGACUUGAAGAUGGAAAAAGAGAAAUCGAAGAAUUAAAAGAUCAAUUGAAAUCAACAAUAACUCGCAUGGAGGAAAUGACAUUAUCACAACAGAAUGAGAAAGAAGGUCAAGUGAAUCAGAUAGCUAGAACUAUAGCUGCCGAGUCAGAAAGAGAUCAUUUGGCUAAAACAUUGAACGAGAAAGGUGGCAUAGAACAGGACCUGAGAGCUGAGCUGAGGGAAUAUCAAGAACAACUGGAGAAAGAACGAUUGGAAAGUCGAGUCAAAUUAUCCGAAAAAGAAUCACAGAUAACAGUCUUGAAAUCUCAAUUACAAGCAAAUGACUUGAUAUCACAAUUAGUUUCAACAUCGGCAUCAGCAUUAGAUGAAAUGAGUCAAGAUACAAUGACGUUCCAAGAUGAAAUGAUGAACAGAAUAUCCAAGUUGGACGAAAAUGUGCACGAGUCUAUGGGAAAUAGAGACAAAGAGUACGAAAUUGUGUUAGAUAGGAAUAGGUUUCUUCAAGGUGAAGUUGAUACUUUACAUCAACGGCUCGAAGGUUCAGCAGAUCGAUUUGCCAAACUUCAAUCAUCGAUCUCUGAUACUCUUUCAUCUAAUGCAUCCGCGCAGAAAUCUUUGACCGAUCAGCUCGCGCUUGAAGCCCAGAGACGAGAAGAUACCGAGAUGAUAUUAGAGAAUAUAAAGAAAAAUUUGGAAAAGGCUAAAGAAGAGACAUUGAAUUGGAACAUAAUCGCUGCUGAGCGUCAGGCCAUGGCAAAGAUGCAAGAGGUGCGACUACAAGCAAUAAGUCAAGAAAAUGUAUACUGGCGUCAGUUCGCUUUGGAGCAUGAUAGGAGAAGAUUUCAGAGCUUCAUGUCUACCAACCCAUUCAAAAGCGGCGAAGAAUCCGUUCAAGACUGUAUGAGUGUGAAUCAAGACAAGAUAGGGAUAGCUGAACAUAUGAGAAGGGCAGAUGAUCAUGGGACAUGGUAUGACGAGAAAAAGUAG